UCCUAAUUUUGAUAGCAUCUUGUUAAGAUGAGAUAGAUAUAUGCUUACAAAAGCUCUGAUUUUACAUGUUGUGUUUGCUUAAGAAAAGCCAUGAAAUUAUUGCAAACGAUAGUGUUUGUUGCACCGUAGGCCACAUCUUCAGUUCAAACCCUUAAUGAGUCAAUUGUCCAGAUGACAUCUUGUGGUUUGCUCACCACCUUACACGGCAUCGCAAUCAACCUCACCAAACCUGAACCGGAUGCUGAUACAAUGCUUCUCAGUAUUUAUAAAUGCGAGCAAUAUCACCAACAUGCUUUAGAUUUGACAUGUGUGCAGAACCAUCUUAGGUGCUCUCAAAAGCAUGUUCGGGCAUUAUCGCCUUUAUGAUCACCAUCAUCGUCACCCUUUGUACCCCAGAGAAAGACGCGCGCAAAUCCCGCAGAGAAUCAACAUGGCUGACGGCAGGCGUCGUGCCCUGAACGGUAUUGCCGACAUCGAUUAUGGCGACGUCUUUGAAGAUCUCGGUGAGCCACACGACAUAGCUUUCAGACGCCGGCAUCCAUUCAUUCCAGGACCUGGUGGAAGACAAAACAUCAUCAUUGUACACUCGAGAAUCGGACAAUCGAGGAGAAGAUACAGUGUCGACCAAGAAGUCCUGUUCAAUCUCCUACCCAGAGUCCGGGAGGCACCGAGACGCGGAGCACUGGUGCUGAGCACCUACUUUCGCGAGCCAUACUUGGAAAAUCAUCCAGAGGAUUUGAUGAAUUGGGCUCUCGACUUUAUGUUCCAGCACCUCUCAGAAUCCACCAGAAUUGAAGCGAUGGACAUGUUCGGCGUUGCUAUGCAGGACAUUGAAAAUGAUCCAAUCCGUGGCCGUGCAGUCAACGAAUGGGCAGCUAAAAUGCAUGCUCUGUGCAUCGUGCUCAGCAAUGAUCAAGGGCUGGGAUGCUCAGAAGAUCUUCUUGGCAGAAUUCUCGACUUUUUCGAAUUUCUCAUCCGAGAAGUGCAUAAUCUUUUGGGAUGGAAUCAAGCAGCGGUUCUCUUUGAAGCUUUUGCAAAUAUCGUUCGGACAAAUCGAGGGGAUCAGGUGCAGCAGAUUCGAAGGAUCUGGAAUCGAUUUGACCCAGAGGUUCAGCACCAGAUAUUGGUUGACAUUAGGAGUGCACUGCCUGUUGAGGGCAUUGAUGAUAUGGCGCACCGCAUGUAUCGAACAUUGGGAUACUAGAAGCCACCAGAAACUGGAAUGAGGAACAAGAAGAGAAUCUGGUCAUUUUGUGAAUAGUUAUGCAGUAUUCAAUAGUUACGAAUCAUAGCACGAAUUGCAUAAGUCAUCCCC